AUGUCGGCUGCCGCACCAAUUUCACCUGCCAUGAAUGGCGUCCGUGGUGGGAGGUCUCAUCGCGGACGGGGCCAUAAGAGAAAUCAUGGCCACUCGAUCAACGACAAUUCUCAGCAGGUCUCGCCGUACAUAGGAGCCUCAAUGCCAUCGCAGAACGUACAGGCACCACUCUAUCUCUCAAAUUCCGCCAAAGAAGACCCCCCUGCUCAAUACACCGAGAAACAGGGUCUUGGCUCGAUGAACAUACCAAAUGGAGGAGUUACUUCGGGCGAAUAUCACUAUCAGAGGCCCUCUGCAUCGCAGGAUGGCUUCUCUCUUGGUUCUAUAACUGAUGGGCAGCUACAUGCGCAGUUAUCUUCCGGGCAACAUGAACAUUCUCACACCAGCUUCGAAGGAUUGGGGUGGUCCAUGAUCUCAGGUGUACUCACAGCACUGCCAUUCGUGGCUUCGUACUUUCUUACUUCUAUUAGUGCUGGUCGAGCAAACGCACGGGCUAAGAGUACCGAGAAGUUAUAUUCUCAUAGGCUAGCACUAAGCCCUUUACUUGUUUCCUGUGCCUAUGUAGCAGUGGCCCUGCUACUGCAAGGCAUAUAUGAGAAGUUACGGCCUGGACGUAGGAAGGCUACUCCUGCCCAAGCGAACGGUUCAAAUCUCUAUGAUGGCUUACGAAUGGCGUUAUGGAUGAGCUUGCUGUUCUACGCUUCUUUCAUGGUUGGAUUUGAUGUCGUGGUCGCUGUGUUACUUCUUCGCCUUUCGGCUGAUGUGCCAGCUGGCUCUAGAUCUAACAAUAUGUUGGCAACGAUAACUCACAUCUUUAAGCAGAGGAAGAUCUCGACCCUGUUUAUUAUUGCAAUGGCAGCCUUGGAUACUGUUUAUCUAUCCUCUUCGGACCCCAUUACACCAUCAUCCACUCCUCUAUCGACGUCUGUCAAUGCUACUGUGGAUGAAAAGUUUGCUUCUGGGAAGAAUAACAUUGACGACGCGGCCACGGUGAACCUUGUCAUUGGGAUGAUCCUUGGAGCACUAGUCAUUCUUAAUCUGGUAUUUAUGAUGGUCCAGCUUACAUAUGGCAUCGUCACUGGCUCCUUGGGAUUAUUGAGCGAUAGUAUCCAUAUGUUGUUUGACUGCUUUGCCCUUGCUGUUGGUCUGGCCGCUGCUGUUAUGAGCAAGUGGCCUCCCAGCUCCCGCUUCCCCUAUGGAUACGGGAAAAUCGACACGCUUGCUGGGUUUGGGAAUGGGGUAUUUUUGAUGAUUAUAAGUAUUGAAAUUGUAUACGAGGCUGUCGAGAGGCUGAUGUCUGGCAGUGAAGUGCAUAGAAUUGGCGACCUUUUUAUCGUCAGCUCGCUUGGUCUCGUUGUCAACCUGGUUGGGAUAUUUGCAUUUGACCAUGCACAUCAUGGUCAUGGUCAUGGUGGCCACGAUCAUGACCAUGGACAUGGGAACGAAAACAUGCACGGCAUAUUUUUGCAUAUUCUUGCUGAUGCCCUCGGAUCGGUAGCAGUGGUUUCCUCAACAAUACUUGUGCACUUUUUCGGCUGGUCCGGAUUUGACCCGAUCGCUUCAUGCCUCAUCGCUAUUCUAAUCUUUGCGUCAGCUAUCCCACUUGUUAUCAGCACAUCGAAAACUUUACUUCUUGCGCUGCCAGCAGAUGUUGAGUACAGUCUUCGCGACACACUUGCUAGUGUUAGUGUUAUGCGAGGGGUGGUUGGGUAUACGGUCCCAAAGUUUUGGCUGGACGAUACUGUUCACGACCAUAACCAUAAACAUCAUGAUCAUAGUCACGGCCACACUCAUCGCAGUCAUCACGGCCAUAACCAUGACCAUUGGCAUGAUCAUGGAGGGAGCCAUAACUUAUCAAACCACAGCUGUAACUCCCAUUCCCACUCUGAAACUCAUUCCCACAGCCAUGGCCACGCGCAUAGCCAUUCGGAGCACGAGCAGAGUAGCCACAGGCGUGUUCUCGGCGUCAUACAUAUAAUCGCCUCAAAAAAUUCGGAUUUGUCGGAUGUCCAUGCUCGUGUGGCCUCUUACCUGAGUGAGAGAGGAAUGAAUGUUCUAGUUCAAGUUGAAAGAGAAGGGGACAUCAAAUGCUGGUGUGGUGGAGGCAACAGGACUGCCUCGUGA